GGUGGUCGUUGGCUGCGCAUGCGCGCUGCUGCCCGGUACGUGGCCGGCGGGCGGGCUCGUUCCCCCCGCAGCAGUCAUGGUGGCGGCCGCGGAGGGCCCGUCCGUGCUUUUCCUGCACCCGGACCUGGGGUUAGGCGGGGCGGAGCGGCUGGUGGUGGACGCGGCGCUGGCGCUGCAGGCGCGGGGCUGCCGGGUUCAGAUCUGGACGGCGCACUACGACACCGAGCGGUGCUUCGCGGAGACGCGGGGGCUGUCGGUGCGGCGGGCCGGCGGGUGGCUGCCGCGCAGCCUGUGGGGCCGCGGGCACGCGGUGUGCGCCGCCCUGCGUAUGGCUUUCGUGGCCCUGUACGUCCUGCUGCUCAGCGGCGAGCAGGUGGACGUCUUCGUCUGCGACCAGGUGUCUGCUUGCAUACCUGUACUUAGACUGGCCAGAACCCGUAAGAAGGUUUUGUUUUACUGUCACUUCCCUGACCAGCUUCUGACCAAGAGAGAAUCUCUGCUAAAGCGCAUCUACAGAUUACCGCUCGACUGGCUGGAAGAGCACACAACUGGCAUGGCAGACUGUAUUGUUGUGAACAGCAGAUUCACCGCCAGUGUGUUCAAGGACACGUUUAAGUCCUUAUCUCACAUAAACCCGGAUGUCCUCUACCCGUCACUCAAUAUCGGGAGCUUUGAAACAGUAGUUCCUGUGGGCAUAGCUGACCUGGUACCCGAAAAGAAAAAGUUCUUGUUUCUUUCCAUUAAUAGAUAUGAGAGAAAAAAGAAUCUAGCACUGGCUCUUGAAGCUUUGCAUGAGCUUCGAGGAAGACUUGAUUCUCAUGAGUGGAAUAAAGUUCACCUGGUUAUGGCAGGAGGUUAUGAUAAGCGAGUUCUGGAAAACGUGGAGCACUAUGAAGAGCUGAGGAGACUUGCAGCCAAGCUUAGUGUUAAUGACCAUGUCACUUUUCUGAGAUCGUUCACAGAUGAACAGAAAAUCUCUCUUCUUAGUAACUCUGUAUGUGUGCUUUACACACCAAGCAAUGAACAUUUUGGCAUUGUUCCUCUGGAGGCAAUGUAUAUGAGAUGUCCAGUUAUAGCAGUUAAUUCAGGCGGUCCUUUAGAAUCAAUCUUGCAUAAUGUUACAGGAUUUUUGUGUGAUCCUCUGCCAACACAAUUCUCUGAGGCCAUGGAAAAAAUUGUGAGAGAUCCUCUCUUAAAGGACACAAUGGGAGCAGCUGGAAGAGCCAGAGUUAUGGAAAAAUUUUCCUCAGAAACAUUCACAGAACAGCUGUACCAAUACAUAUGCAGAUUAACACAAUAAAAUUAUAUUCCCAUAGUAUACUU